GCCCGGGUUUCCAGGAACAGUAUAACUGGGCCUGGUGUUCAACAUCCAGUCUGGAAAAAUGACAUCACUGCCAGAGCAGGGCAUCCCAGGUGGGCACAAACAUGGCAGAUGGAGUUCCCUACACAGCAGUGUGAGACUUGUCACCGAACUGAACUCUGUAAUAGGGCGCUGAAUAGGGCAUGAUGGCCUCUGCAGCAGAUAGCUGCAUCCAAUUCACCAGACAUGCGGGUGACGUGCUGUUUAACCUGAACAGGCUGCGGUCCCGAGACAUUCUGACUGAUGUCACUAUCUUGGUGGAUCACCAGCGUUUCCGAGCCCACAAGACAGUGCUCAUGGCGUGCAGUGGUCUUUUUUAUGCCAUCUUCACUGAUCAGCUGAAGUUCAACUUGAAUUUGAUAAGUUUGGACCCAGAUGUUGAUGCAGAGGGAUUUGGAAUUCUUCUAGAUUUUAUGUAUACAUCCCGCCUGCCUCUGAGAGACAGCAGUAUCAUGGUAGUGAUGAAUACAGCUAUUUACCUGCAAAUGGACCAUGUGGCCGACACAUGCCGUAGAUACCUACAGUCCAGUGAAGAUAUUUGUUCUACAAUCAGUCCACCUCGACAGGAGUUUCUUCCCAGCAAUGCAACGUUACCUCCAGAAACAUUAAGCUUUCGAAAAUCUGAAGUGACUGAAAACCUGCUUCGAGAUGCAUCAAUCCCUGAUGGGCGGGCUUUGGGCUCCAGUAUCUACAAUGUAAUGACUCCCUCUCCACAUCCAUACUCUUUGUACAGCCAUAUCCCUGUUCACAGUUACUCUGCAAAUCCUUACUUGAUUAAUGAGUUCAGAGAUUGUCACAUCCCUUUAUCUGAAGUCCCCAAGCUCAGGAGAUACCAGGGUAACUGUGUGCAGCAUAAUAGUGACACGGGUUUCACCAAGUACAACAGCAGGUCUGUCGCUGACGUUGCAUCCAAUGUUUGCCAUGCAACUGUUUUCUCUCCCAGAGAGAUCUGUAGGGAAAGUGAUGCUAAAAUGGAUUUGCACUAUAAUCAAACUCCUAGCUCCAAAAUGGCCUUGCAAUCCUCUGCCAAUAAUGUGGCGAAUUACCCUUCAUCACUGAAUGUUAACAGGAGGGUUGAAGAAAGCAAUAUUCCAAAAGAAGAUAGGAGAGGACUCUUGGAAUCCAGUAAUCUGCCCGUUAAUCAUAAAGGCCCCUUGAUUGGGCCUCGGAGCCCUCUGAAAUCUGACUGCCAUCCCAACUCCCCAACAGAAUCGAGCAGCAGCAGGAAUGCAUUCAGGAGUCAGUGUUCUGAAUCUCCCACCGCCAAGAGCCCCAUCGACCCCAAAGCCUGUAACUGGAAAAAGUACAAAUUCAUUAUCCUGAACUCAUUGAACCAGAGCGCCAAAACUGAAAAUGGCAGCCAGCUGGAACCCGAGAACAGCUCUCCUCCAACCUUCUCCGCCUCGCCUGCUCCUUUCCGUCAGUCUUCUGAUGUUGAAACCCUGGGGAGCCAAACGCCAGCCAAGAUGGAUGUUGCUGGAGAUGAGCUGCAUGUCACUCAGGCCAGCAAACUCAACAGCAUCGUCAACAGGUCAUCAGAUGAGUCUUCACUGGAUAACCAGCAGCCAUCUCCUUUGGACACCUUUCCACGUAAAUGUAGCUCAUGUGAGUCACCAACUAACCAACACCCUGAGCUGUGCCGCCACACACCUGUGUCUCACCUGGCAGAAGAACUAACUGAGACGCAGUCUGAACUCUCGGACUCCAGCUCAGAGAAUGGAUCGUUCUUCUGCAGUGAGUGUGACUGUAAAUUCUCUGAUGAUGCUACACUCAAGAGACACAUGGUCCAAUCACACAGUGACAAGCCCUACAAAUGUGACCGGUGUCAAGCUGCAUUCCGUUACAAAGGGAAUCUGGCGAGCCACAAAACUGUGCACACAGGGGAGAAGCCAUAUCGCUGCAAUAUCUGUGGAGCUCAGUUUAAUCGUCCAGCAAACCUGAAGACUCACACGCGCAUUCAUUCUGGGGAGAAACCGUACAAGUGCGAGACCUGUGGAGCACGGUUUGUCCAGGUAGCACAUCUCCGAGCUCAUGUACUGAUUCACACUGGAGAGAAACCGUAUCCAUGUGAAAUCUGUGGGACUCGCUUUCGCCAUCUGCAGACACUCAAGAGUCACCUUCGGAUCCACACAGGAGAGAAGCCUUACCAUUGUGAGAAAUGUAAUCUGCACUUUCGCCAUAAGAGCCAGUUACGACUUCACCUGCGACAGAAGCAUGGAGCCAUCACCAACACGAAGGCCCAGUACCGUCAGCCUGUGGAGACACAAUCUGAUCUCUGCCAAGCUCGCUGAGUACUCUCAAACUUGGAACAUUUGAGGAAAAUUGACUUUGUUGAGGUGGUGGAAUUUCUUUGAAUUGUUAAGGGUUUUCAUUCAAUCUCCACGUGGCAAACUUUACAACAGGUGUCAUCAGAUAAAACUCUAACGGGUUUCUUAAGCUUGUGAAAAGAAGUGCUUGCAAUUAUUCUGGUUAAUAGAUAUUGGAGUGUUUAGCUUUUAAAAGAUGCCUCUCUGCUCUAAUAUAAAGAAAUGUAUGAAUAUAUAUAUUUUUCCUGUGCAAAGCACAGCAGAGUUGUAUUAUUAUAUACGAGUGGGAAGGGUCGAUAUUUUUAACCAAAGUUUUAGCUAUGGCAGUUACAGAAUGAUGCUUCAGACAGAUUGUCUGCAGGCAGAGCACAGUCUGAACAUCUUAUUGCUUAAAGCACUUAAGAUAUUUUGUCUAUUGUGAAAAUUAUAUAUGUGCUUUUGAAGUAUUCUUUACAGUGGUUUCCAAAAAGUAAGGUUUACAUUUGUCCAAAUGCUGUAUUCAUUUUUCAUUUGUGGUGUUCUUGUCUUGUUGAUCAGAGCAGAUCCAUUGGUGCCUUCUACGUGCUAAAGCUGAUUGUCCCAAAGGCCCUGAUACUCCCUGACUUUUUGCACCUUCCUCAUUCCUUUCCUUCCCUACCCUUUCUGUACUCCUCUCUCUUCUCCUGGAUCCCUCAGUGCUCUGGGGUCACAGAGCUCCGCUGUGAGCUUCCAACACAAUGUUGGCUUAAAAACUGGGCAAUGAUUUGAGAAUUUUUAUCACAUACUGUACAAUAUAGCUGUAAGGAUGUAAUAAAGAUAUAUCGCACUGUC